GUAUGGACUACCACAGCAAAACUAGCUGAAAGGAUUAACGCAGGUUCAUCGGCUUACCAUCCUUAACUGUAGACAAAAAGGAGCGCACAGUUUAUGCUUUCAAGGUCAGGUCAGCGUUGCUGUAAAGUUGUCUUGGUAGCCUACGAUGAAGGUUAUUGGCAGGGAGCUGAAUAAAAAUUCAUCUGGAUAUAUUACGCUAAUUGCUGAAAAUGAGGAGGACAUGUGGUUAACGUACAACUUAGUCCAAAUCGGAGAUAAAUUGAGAUGUUCCACGGUCAGAAAGGUCCAGAAUGAAUCUGCAACUGGUAGUGUGCAGACGAAGCAAGUAAGAACCAACCUAACAAUAGAAGUAGAAAAAAUCGACUUCGAUUUACAGGGUUCAGUACUUCACUUGAAAGGGCGCAAUGUGGUAGAAAAUCAGUUUGUUAAAAUGGGCGCCUAUCACACAUUAGACCUAAGAAUCGAUGAAAAGUUUACUAUCACUAAAACAGAAUGGGAUAGCGUUGCAAUUAUGCUUGUCGAACAGGCAUCUGAUCCAACACAACAUGCUGAUCUUGCUGCAGUUAUCAUGCAUGAAGGUCUGGCUUAUGUUUGUUUGAUAACAAGUACAACAACUAUUGUUCGUGCGAAGAUUGAUACUACAAUUCCACGUAAACGUCCAGGUUUACCUACUGCUCAGCAUGAAAAGGGUCUGUCCCGCUUUUUUGAACAAAUAAUGCAAGCACUAGAACGUCACAUUCGUUUCGACAUCGUCAAAUGUAUCAUAUUAGCCAGUCCUGGAUUUCUACGGGAACAAUUCUUUGAAUUUAUGAUUCAGACAGCGACAAGACAGGAAAAACGUGUAUUCUUAGAAAAUAAAUCAAAAUUUAUGCUUGUUCAUUCUUCAUCCGGUCAUAAACAUGCAUUGAAAGAAGUACUCACAGAUAGUGUUGUUAUGAGUAAACUGGUUAAUACAAAAGCAACAUCUGAAGUGACUGCAUUAAAUGACUUUUAUCAAAUGCUUAAAACAGAUCAAUCACGUGCAUUCUAUGGUUAUAAACAUGUUAAAACAGCUGCUGACGCAUGCGCUAUUGAUACACUACUGAUAACUGAUGCAUUAUUCCGUUCACGUAAUUUAAAUGAAAGGAAACAAUAUGUGGAGUUAGUUGACCAAGUUAAAGACAAUCAAGGCAUUGUACGCAUAUUUUCUAGCCUACAUGUUUCUGGUGAACAGCUCAACCAACUAUCAGGUGUAGCCGCAAUAUUGCGCUUCCCAAUACCUGAACCUGUGACAGAUGACGAAUCGAAUAGUUCUGAAGAUGACGAUAAUUAACUCAUUAGUUUCUGUACCUAACUUUGUGCUCAAUGAGUUUUCUUUCCAUAAGUAAACAUGUAUAUUAUGGUUUGAGUCUUUCUAUCAAUAUUAUGAUUUUGAUUUUCACUAACCUCUUUUUUAACGUACUCAUCCUUUCAGUUCGUUGUUAGUAUUAUUAUCAUCACUCUUUCAUUGUCCUAAGCGCUGUUUUUAAAUUGUUGUGGUGCUUAUGUAAUAUCAUGCAACUUGAAAUCAGUAUCCAUUUGUGCCAAAUCCUAGGUUCUUUACUUUCAUUUUCCUCUCCUGUACAAAAUCAUAUUUAAGUGUUUGCUAUUUCCAUAGUAUCAUACUUAAAUUUAAAAAUAA